AUGGGAGAACUGGAAUUUCAGCAGCGUUGGGAGUUCAGGAGGAACGAAGACAAUGACAUUGAUUCUUCAUGCGAUGAUUCAAAAUCAAGUUCCGGACCACUGCUCAAAAAGCAUAAGCUGGUAUCAAGCUUGAUUUCAAGUGGUGAUGAUGAAACUAGUAGACUUAAGAGGAAAAGCAAUGAGAAUCCUGGAAGAGGGAAUCUAAUGAAUAUUGGGAAAGGUAAGAAACAGAAAACCAGGAACAUAAGCAGCAAAUUGCGGAACAGUAAAAUGAAGAAGGAUUCUCCUGAAGAAGUUGAUUUAGAGAAGGGUGAAACAAGAAGUGCUUAUGAUCCUGAUCCAUUGGAUGAUCUUAAAAACUUCAUGGAUUCCUUACUACAGGAUCUUAAAGUUACAAGAGAAAAUUUAUUUAAAUGGAUGAUUGAGGAAAUGCAAAAAUUAGUGGCAGAUGGUACUACUCCAGAGCCAAAAAGGAGAAAAAGUGGCCAUAAAGGGGAGAAGGUCCAGUUGCAGCAGAUUAAAAAAUCCAAGGAAGUUCAAGAUCAACAUGAAAAAACCCACAACGAGAGCAUGCAAUUCCAGCAUCCGAAUAACUCGGAGAAAAGUAUCCAAGUCCAACACCAAACAAACUUCCAGGAAACAGUCCUUGCGCAACACCAUAGCAACUUUCAGGAGAACGUCAAACUGCAGGUGCAGCUUGAAGAGGAGGAGAAUAUUGACAGGCAACAUCAGAAUAACUUCAGAUAUGGCAUGAGAACUCAGAACUGCAAUAAUAGAUCUUCAGUAAGAUUUCCUAAAUGUAUUAAUGCUGCUGAUUCCACUGAUUACUUUAAUGCACUAGGAAAUCGAGUUGACUCUGGACAAGGAACUGAGCUCAUUACUUCGUCAAAAUCUGUGAAGCCAAAUCUUCAAACAAGUUGUGAUGACCAAAAUGUUCAAGUCCAGAGUCAUAAGAGUUUUGUAUUGGCUAGAGAAAUUCCAGAAAGCAAUGCUGGUUCUUUGAAGAGAAGUGUAAAAUUAAAUACGACCGUUUAUCUCAGUGAUAUCUAUCAAGUACCUGAAGAUCAAGGUGGUCAUGGCCAAGCUAUGAGAACUGUAGAGUCCGGUACUAACAGAGAAAAGUUGGGAUCGUCUGUUGUUCAAAAUUUUCUAUCUAGUUCCUCUGUUCAGGCACCUUCUUCGAUGUAUUUAACGUUACCCACUGUUCUAACUGAGCCCAUUGUUGCAAAUCACGGGCUUGAUGCUUCAAUGUGCAAUAAUAUUCUGCCAAGGGUUGCUGAGAAGAGAAGAGGUUUCAAUUCAGAAAGAGUGAAUCAAAUGCUGGAACCAAGUUCUUUUCAAGGAUCAUUUCCAGUUAUCCCGCCAGAAGAAAGAAUUCGAAGCUUUGCAUUAAUGGGAUUUAGAAAUAUGGGUUGCAAUCAGAGCAACACCCCAACUGCAGGUAUUGAAACUGGAUUUCCUGUGCCACUUCAUCAGGGUAUAGAUGGUGGUUUAAGCAUUCCAAGACAAGUCAACCAACAAUAUCUUUCACAGGAAACUAGCAAACCUCUGGGUUUGAGGAUGAAUGGCGGAGCUAUUAUGUUUUCUGGAGGAAGCUAUAAUCUACCAGAACAUACUGCUGCAAACAAUCACCAUAGCCAUCCAGCUUAUAAACGUGAUGGCAGACUUAUAUCAGAUCCAAAACAUUAA